AUGGGGUUACACUCUCGCAUAUCUACAUUCUUAAGAGGUAGAGCACCUAAGACCUUAAAUGAGGCAAUUAACCUAGCGAUAUCUGAGGAGAGAAUUCAAUUAAUGCAAUAUAGACGAAGUCAGCCUGAACAUCGACAACAUUUUCAAAAGCCAAAGCCUGAAUUAUUUUCAGAUAGGCGACGAUCCUUCCAUACUGCUCAACAGCUGGGAGAAUCCACCCUGAAAACAUUAACCAAGAAGAUAAUAUUAAUCGUAUUAACGAUCCACAUUCAAACGAGUAGAGAUCUCGGCCUCGUGCCGCACAAUCCCUACAGCCGGUACAAAUGCAGCUUGCCAAAUGCAUGGCUACAAAAAAGGCAGUCUGAAAACAACUGGACCUACUGCGAUUUCCGGCGAAAUGUUGCCAUGAUCUACCAGCAAAAAUAUGGCAAACCAUUGACACGCAAGUCAGAUUAUGGCGUAUCUCUGCAGAUAAGAGUGCCUGCCGAGGUGAGGAGUGCAGGAAGUGAUGACGAUCACUCUCAAAUGGACUGCUCUCAGCGAAGAUGUGGAUAUUGUCACCGACUUACAAGAAAAAUGUGUGGCAAAAUGCAAUGUUGGCUUGCAUCUAAAGUGCUGGUACUAAUUCCAUAA